AUGCCGAAACAUAUAAAGGGGAAUAAUGUUGAGGCAAAUGAAACACAAAUAAGCAUCAAUGGCGUGAACAAAAGGCGCCAUACAAAUUCAGUGAUUACUUCUAAAUAUACAGUUUUUAAUUUUAUAUUUUUAAACGCAUAUGAGCAAUUCCAUAAAAUAUCAAACGUAUACUUUUUUAUCAUCGGAGUAUUACAACUAGUUCCUGAAUUAACCGCAACGAAUAGAAUUCCCACAAUAUUAUUUCCUUUAUCAAUUGUAUUAAUUGCUAAUGCUAUAAAUGAUGCAUACGAAGAUUGGAAUAGACAUAAAACUGAUAAAAUUGAAAACAACAGAAUAUGUUAUGUUAUAAGUGAUGAGAAUUUAUCACAACCUAAUACUAGUAGUAAUAUAUUUAUUAAAUUUAUUCGAUACAUAAAAAAAUUAUUCGUACACAAAACUAAGAAAAUAGAUAGUAUUGAAAGUUAUUAUGAUGAUGAGAAUGAUGAAGAUACUGAUGAGGUAGCUGACACAAAUUAUUUUAUGAGGAAUUAUGAUGAUAAAUUAGAAAAUAUAGAUGGGACAAUACAAAAAAGAUGGAAAGAUAUUGAAGUAGGGGAUAUAAUAAUAUGUAGAAGGUCCGAUUUUUUUUGUGCAGAUAUUUUAUUGUUAAGUUCAAGUGACCCCAAUGGAAUAUGCUUUGCUGAAACAUCGAGUUUAGAUGGUGAAACAAAUUUAAAAGUUAAGGAAGUUAAUAAAUAUAUAUUUAAAAGUUUAACAUAUAAUAUUGAUGAAGCUAUUGAAAAAGCAAAAAAAUUAAGAGGUUAUAUUUUAAGCGAAAAGCCAAAUAAAAAUUUAUCUACUAUGAAUGGCGCUAUUUAUUUAGAAAGUGAUGUAAAUACUGAUCUAACAAAUAAUAAAGAAAUUAAAAAAAGUAUAUCUGGAGGAGCAAGCCAUGGAGAGGGAAUGAAAAAUAAUAAUUCUAUUGAAAACAAAUCAAAUGAUAAUUUAUAUAGUUAUAAAAAUGAUGAUAACUAUGUUAAGUUACCAUUUGAUGAAAAGAAUUUUGUUUUACGAGGGUGUAAAUUAAAAAACAUAGAUUGGAUAAUAGGUAUAGCUAUAUAUAUAGGGAAAGAGACAAAAAUACAAAUGAACUCAUUAAAACCAGUUUUAAAAUAUAGUAAACUUGAAAUAUUAACAAAUAAAUUAACUAUCAUCAUAUGGCUAAUUCAAGUAUUUAUGUGUAUCGUAUCUGCAUAUUAUAGUGCUGUAAUUGUUAGUUUUUCAAAAAAGAGCAAGUUUAAAUAUUUGCCAUUUAAUUUAGUAGAACCCAAAACUCCAUUUGUUAGUGGCGUUAUAUCAUUUUUUUCAUGGAUAGUUAUUACUGCUAAUUUUAUACCCAUUUGUUUAAUUGUUACUAUGAGUUUUGUUAAAGUUAUACAAGCAUAUUUUAUAUCAUGUGAUAAUAAUAUGAUUUAUAAGGUGGAGGAAAAUAUCCCAUCUUAUGGAGAAUCCAGACAAAAGUCUAUAGAAUCAAAAAAAACCGUUUCUAUAGAAAUGGAUGAAAUAAAUAAUAAUUUGAAUGAAGAUAAAUCAGUGUUUGACACUGAUAAAAAAAAUGAUAUUAAUACUUCUGAUUCUACAAAAAUAAUGCCAACUAGCAAAGAUGAAAAUAAUGAUAUAAUCAAAAAAAAAACCACGAGAAUGCGAACUUUUAAAGAUCCUAAAGAAAAAAAUUAUAUAACUUUUAAUGCAAUACCCAGAACUUCAAGUUUAAUAGAAGAAUUGGGACAAAUCGAAUAUAUUUUUUCUGAUAAAACUGGAACAUUAACACGUAAUGUUAUGGAGUUUAGAAAAUGUGCAAUAAAUGGUAUAUCAUAUGGAACUGGCUUAACAGAAAUUAAAAGAAAAAUUUUAAAAAAAAAUAAUAUUCCUAUUCCUCCCGAACCAGUAGAUUCAUGCCCCCAAAACAAAACCCCAAAUGUGAACAUUAUUGAUAAAAAAUUAGUAGAUCAUUUAAAAGAUGUUAAUCAUUUUAAUCAUGCUUCUUUAAUAUAUUUUUUCCUUCAUCUAGCAAUCAACCAUUGUGUUAUGUGCGAUAGUAGUGAUGAUGUGAACACAUAUUCUUCUAGUAGUCCUGAUGAAGAGGCUUUAGUAUAUGCAGCCAAACAUUUUGGUAUUACUUUUCUUUAUCGAAAGGAUGGAAAAUGUGGAAUUAAAAUAUUUGAUAAGAUAUAUGAAAUAGAUAUUUUAGCUACUGUGGAAUUUACCAGUAAAAGAAAAAUGAGCACUAUUGUUUGUCGAAUUCCAGUAAUAUCCAAUGAAGACACCAAGACAUCCCCCACCAAUAAUAAAACUAUGCCUCAUCCCCCAAAUGGUAAUGGUAUGGGAGAUAGCUCAGUCAAUAUAUCGACGGAAAAUGAAUCGAACAUUUCACCUGCAGCCGCAGGAGAAGUCAAGGACAAUGCAUCCAACAGUGAUGUGAAAAAAAAUGGAAAAAAAGAAAGUAAAAAAAAUAAUAAUAAAGAUAAAAAGAUGGGAACAAAUAAUGAUGUAAUAAAUUGCGAAAAUACAAAGAAACAUAAAAUAGUAGUAUUUUGCAAAGGAGCAGGAUGUGUAAUUAUAAAAAAGUUAGCAAACAAAACCGACGUAGAUGAUUUAACAAUAGAGCAUAUGGAAACAUAUGCAGAUGAAGGAUUAAGAACCUUGUGCAUUGCAUAUAAAGAAUUAAAGCCAGAAGAAUUUGCUAUAUGGUAUAAAUCAUAUAAAGAAGCAUCUUUAAGUUUAAAUGGCAGAGAAGAAAAUGUAGAAAAGAUUGCUGAAGGUAUUGAAAACGAUUUAAUAUUACAAGGAGUUACAGGUAUAGAAGAUAAAUUACAAGAAGGUGUUGGUUCAACUAUUGAAGAUUUAAGGCUAGCCGGUAUACAUGUAUGGAUGCUAACUGGUGAUAAAAUUGAAACAGCUAUUAAUAUUGGUAUUGCAACUAACUUAAUAGAUAAUGGUUCUGAACAAUUCAUAUAUACCGAAGAAUUAGCACUCAGUGAAGAUUUAUUAAUGAAAAAAUUAGAUGAAGAUAUAAUAUAUAUAGAAAAAUCAUUAAGUUUGUUACAUUUUAAUUUUGAUACAAAUAAAGUAGAAGAAUCUUUUUUUAAAAAAGUAUUAUCUAGUAAAUAUAAAAGUAUUGAUAGUUUAGCAUUAGAUCAUGAUAUAUAUAAAGAGGAUAUGACUUCAAAUAAUAACGUCUUAAUAGUAGAUGGUAGUGUAUUGGACAUAUUACUUAGUGAAGCCUUUGAAAGAAAAUUUUUUUAUUUGGCUGAUAAAUGCUCAUCAGUUAUAUGUGGGCGUGUUAGUCCUUAUCAAAAAGGUUCCAUAGUUUCAUCUGCAAAUAGAUUAUUAAAAAAAAAUACUUUAGCUAUUGGUGAUGGUGCAAAUGAUUGUAAUAUGAUUAAGAUGGCUAAUAUAGGUAUUGGAAUAAGAGGACAAGAAGGUGUACAAGCUUUUAAUUCAUCAGAUUAUGGAAUUAGCCAAUUUCGAUUUUUAAGAAAUUUAAUAUUAAUACAUGGUAGAUUAUCAUAUAGAAGAAUAAGCAAAUUGGUUGUAUAUAUGUUUUAUAAAAAUAUAGUUUUUAUUUUCCCAUUGUUUAUAUAUGGGUCAAUUUCAUUAUAUUCAGGGCAAAAAAUAUACUUUGAAAUUUUAAUACAUUUAUAUAAUAUUAUGUUCACAGCAUUACCAAUAAUUGUAUUAGCAAUUCUAGAUAAAGAUGUUAGCAUAAAUACAGCAUUAAAUAAUCCAUGCCUAUACAAAUUAGGAAUACAUAAUUUUUAUUUUAAUAUUAAUAAGUUUAUAUCAUGGGUUUUAAAUAGUCUUUUUCAUGGAUUAUUAGUAUUUAUAAUACCAUUAUAUUUCUUAGCCUAUUAUAAUAUACCAAGUUCGGGGGGAGAGCCAUUUGGCAUUUGGUCAGUUGGAUGUGUUACAUAUUUAUUAUCAGUUGUUAUAGUUAAUAUAAAAAUAUUGUUAGAAACAUAUUAUCUAAACACAUCACCAAUUAUUGCAGUUUCUUUUAGUAUUAUUUCUUUUAUUAUUAUGGCGAUAGCUUUUUCAUUUACUGGCAUUGGAAGUAAAAGUUUUCUAGGUGUAGCUGGAUUGUUGGUCAGAUCCCUUCGUUUUUGGCUAGUUUUUGUGCUAGGUUUAUUUGCCUCUUUAACCAGAGAUUAUAUUUAUAAGGUCUACAAGAAAAACUUUUGUCCCGAAGCUUAUCACUUCCUUCAAGAUGAGGAGGAUAACGUUAAGCAUACAAAAAAUAUUCAAUAUAAAUAUACAGGUUCUAAUACCAUGGAUGAAAUGAAAUCAUCCAAAUCCGAAUUGAUGGGAUAUGCAUUUAGUGAAGCAGAUCCAACUUGCGUUAAUUUCAUAAGACAACAGGAUAAACUUAUAUAA